UGAUACUCAUGAAGCUAGGUUGAAUAGGUCAUUUGAAAAGAGUGAAGAGAAGGCAUUUCAGGUGAAGGGUGAGGCAACCUCACAUAAUGAGAAGUCAAGAAAAGCAGCAAGUAGAGGCUGCGGUAGAGGCAGAAGCAGUGGCAGAUCCAAUGGACAAGCCGAUUGGGGGCAAUCUUCCGGUGAACAAAAAGGCUAUAAAAGUGGUAUUCAGUGCCACUAUUGCAAGAAGUUUGGGCAUGUGAAAGAAGAAUGCUGGAAGCUUGAAAAGAAAGAAAGUUAUGUUAAGGAAGAUGAAGAAGAAGACAAGUUGCUUAUGGCUUAUGAAGUUAAUGGUGAUGUACCAGGUGCAAGUGAAAUCUGGUUCCUAGACAGCAGUUGUUCAAGUCAUAUGACGGGUAUGAAAUCAGUGUUCAAAGAGCUUGAUGAGUCUCAAAAGAUAAGAGUUACACUUGGAGAUGUUAAUCCACUUCAAGUUGAAGGAAAAGACACAAUUGCAAUCAAUACUAGUAAUGAAAAUGGCAUAAGCAGGGGUUUGACUGCACCAUACACACCAGUGCAAAACAUUGUAGCUGAACAAAAGAACUACACUAUUGUAGAAAUGGCAAGAAGCUUGUUGCAAGCAAGGGGGUUGCCAAAUGAUUUCUAGGCAAAAGCAGUCACUACAAUAGUCUAUUUGCUCAAUAUUUCACCCACAAAAGCUAUUCCAAAUCAGACCUCUUAUGAAGCCUGGUCAAGCAUGAAGCCUCAGGUAAACCAUUUGAAAAUUUUUGGUUGUAUUGCUUAUGCUUUGGUUGACUCACAAAAUCGUCAAAAGUUAGAUGGAAAAUCUGAAAAAAAAGUAUUUUUAUUGGUUAUUCAUUAUAAUAGCAUAUAGGUUAUAUAACCCUAUUAGUGGCAAAGUGAUUAUUAGCAGAAAUGUGGUGUUUGAUGAAAAUUCAAGUUAGAAUUGGGGCAAAUUAAAAGGAAUUUCAGCAGUUAAUUCUCCAACCAUAGUAGUGGAUGCAACUUUUACUUCCACUUCGACAACACCAAACACUGGCAGCCUUUUAUCUUUAUCUCUAAGUAGUAGUGGAUCAUCAUCUUUUAGUGAAUCUUCUAAUAAAUCUCCACCAAGAAAGUUCAGAUCUCUUGAAGAUAUUUAUGCCACCACAUAUGCCUUUUUAGUAGCUGAACCAACCAGCUUUGAAGAAAAAGUAGAAAAAGCGGAGUGGUGCAAUGCAAUGAAGGAAGAACUUACAGCAAUUGAAAAGAAUGAGACAUGAGAGUUAGUAGACUUGCCAGAUGGGAACAUGCAGUUGGUCUUAAAUGGAUAUUUAAGAUCAAGUAUCAUACUGAUGGGAGCAUUCAAAAGCAUAAGGUGAGACUUAUAGCCAAGGGGUAUUCACAGCAGUAAGGUAUAUACUUUGAAGAUACGUUUUCUCCUGUUGCUCAUUUUGAAACUGUGAGAACCUUCUUAGUCUUAGCUACUCAAUUUAAUUGGUCUAUUUAUUAAUUAGAUGUUAACUUUACUUUUUUGAAUGGUGAGUUAGAGGAAGAAGUUUAUGUCACACAGUCUGAAGGUUUUAUAAUUAAUGGCAAGAAAGAGAAGGUGUACAAAUUGUAAAAAGCCCUUUAUGGGCUAAAGCAGGCUCUGUGGGCGCGGUACAACAAAAUUGACUAAUAUUUUCUUCAAAAUGGAUUUGAGAGAAGCAAGAAUGAGCCAACUCUCUACUUGAAGAAGAAAGGUCCAAAUGAAUUUCUUAUUGUGUGCCUUUAUGUUGAUGAUAUAAUAAACAUGGAGUCAUGUCAAUCUCUUAUAGUCGAAUUUAAAGAUUUUAUGAUAAGAAGAUUUGAAAUGACAGACUUGAAUUUAUUGCACUAUUUUCUUAGGUUGGAAGUGAAUCAAAGAAAAGGGGGGAUUUUCAUUUCACAAAGAAAAUAUGCCAUGGAUCUUCUUAAAAAGUUUGGUAUGAGUAAUUAUAAUGCAACAGUCACGCCUAUGAAUAUGAUGAAAAGUUACAAGUUAAAGAUGACACUAGAAAAGAAGAUGCAAGCUAUUACAGAAGUUUAGUAGGAGGGUUAAUUUAUUUAACUCAUACUAGACCAGAUAUAACAUUUUUUGUUGGUGUUGUUUCUAGAUUUAUGCACACAGCUACAAAGCAUCACCUUGGAGCAUCAAAGAGGAUUUUGUGCUACAUUGCUGGAACAUUAGAAUAUGGUAUUUGAUACUCUCA